CGCGCGGGGCGCAGACGGCCGUGACGCCGGGCGGUGUGUGUGCUGCCSUCCUGUCUCGCUGCCUUCCGCCAUGGCAGCGCUGCCCGGUGCCGCGGCCCCGCGGCUGCUCCUCAUCCCCAGCAAAGCAGCCGAAGCUCCCGGCYCCGCGGCUGCCCGGCAUCUUUCAGUUGUCCUGCCGGCAGGAGCCGACGCCGGCCUCCCGGGGAUGGAGACCACACAGCCGGCCCGUAAGCGGCAGCGGCUGACGCAUCUGAGCCCGGAGGAGAAGGCGUUGCGCAGGAAACUGAAGAACCGCGUGGCCGCCCAGAGYGCCCGCGACAGGAAAAAGGCGCGGAUGACAGAGCUGGAGCAGCAGGUGGUGGAGCUGGAGGAGGAGAACCAGAAGCUGCUGCGGGAAAAUCAGCUUUUACGGGAAAGGACGUGUAACCUCGUGCGGGAAAACCAGGAACUCCGCUGCCGCCUGGGUUUAGAUGCUCUGAAGACGGAGGAGGAGAGUGACGAGUUCCAGGCUGUGAAAGAAUCCCAGGUGGAUGAGAUUAGAUUGGUGACCGGGUCCGCUGAGUCCGCAGCACUCAGACUACGUGUUUCUGCAGCAGGUGCAGGCCCAGCAGUCACCAUUUCUGAUAAUUUCCACGUGGAUUCUGAUGGCAGUGACUCUUCAGACUCUGAGUCUGAUCUCCUAUUGGGCUUUCUGGACAGUCUGGACCCAGAGAUGUUUCUCAGAUAUGCUGGUUCAGAGUCAACGUGCCUGGAAAAGCUGGAGGAAGAGAUCUCUGGAGAAACAAAUUCCAUACCAAGCGCCCUGUCUCCCUCUUUGGGGUCCCCAUCAGCUAAGCUGGAAGCCAUUAAUGAACUCAUAAGGUUUGAUCACGUGUAUACAAAACCCCUGGUAGUGGAGAUUCCUGUCGAAGUGGGCAACCAAACCAAUAUGCUAGUGAAAAUUGAGAAAGAACCUCUCUCUUCAUCUGACGACAAGGCUAUCCCUGAGGUGCCAGUGUCUGUGAAGAAGGAGCCUGUAGACAGCUUCAUGCCUGAACUGGGCAUUUCUCAUCUGCUUUCUUCUUGCCAUAGCCUUGAAGCCUCGAGCUACUUGUUGGAUGGCUGUAGUGACUCUGGGUAUGAAGGAUCCCUGUCUCCCUUCAGUGAUACGUCGUCCCCGCUUGGUGCUGACCAUGCGUGGGAGGAUAGCUUUGCCAAGGAACUCUUUCCCCAGCUCAUCAGUGUCUAACCUGGUAGUGUUACCCCUUGGAUAACUGUCCUGGCAAGAUACCAGCAUCUACCACUUCAGGGUGUCUGCGUGGAAAAUCAAGUGCAUUCAGAAAAGCAUUGUUCAUUUUUACCCAUGCUAGUAGAUGGCGUGAUGGUAUGAAAAAGCCAAGGAUGUCCUGUCCUGCCUUGGCUUCCCCACCCACAAUCAGUGUUGGCUUAGGAGAGAGGAAAGUUUCUCAAUAACUUCCUAAUUCUAAAUAAAUGUGAAAAUGUAAUGUUUUCCAGUUAAAAUUUUACCAUCAAAAACUUCAGUGGGAUAUUCAUGAAUAGACACCUGGACUAAACCUUUAUAGUCUCUAAGUCUUAAAGCUUUACUAAAUGCUUGUUUUCCAUUUGCUAUGUAGAGUUGCUUUCUCCAUUUAAUAUUUAACUGUAUUGGUGCAAUUAAAAUGCAGUGCAGCUCACUGAUCCUUUUUUGCUUUAGAACUCAGUGGGGAGGGGAGAGUAUGUGGGCCUUGCAGAAUUUAAGUCCCUCGGUGUCUCAUCCUGCCACAAUUCAUUGAUGAUCUGUGCUCAUAGGGUGUCUGCAGCUGGAUGUUUCAGCUGUUUCCUUUUGGGGACACUGGAUGUGGUAGAGGGGUUUGUGUGAGGGCCAUGAAGAGCUACUCGAGCAAAACCUUCAGCCUCUAUAAGGCAGGCAGCUGGUAGGAGCUUGAAGUCUGAAGUCUGACUAUYCAAAAAUUCACCAUGGUAGUGGUGUCACCCUGGUGGCCAGUAAUGCUAUCYAAACUCAGUCUGAGGGGAGGUGGGUGUGGGAGAGACACGGUGUGAAAAAUGUUGCAGAUUCUGUUUUGACACAGGAAAUCCUGAAGUAUGAAAUGAACUUGUCAGGAGCUAAUUUCAAAUACCACAGCAGGACUCCUCAUUGUACACGUCCAUUUGCUCCUGUAUCACAAUAUAAAAACACUGAGAGGGCGAGAAGAAACUGAAAUUUUAUACUGAAAAUAAGAGAGCUGUUGCAGGUGUUUGCACAGCUGUUGGUUUUGGUACUAUUUAAUGUUUUGCAUUCAAUUUUGACAAAAAUAACUUGGGGCGGGGAGGAAGGAAAGAUGUUUUGGUCACUAACAUUCAAGGUGACAGGACUGCUUUGGAUUAAAAGCUUGAGCAGCCUAGCUUGUAAUAAAGCAUUCUAUCUGAAUAGUGGAAAGAAGUAAAGAGUACAGCUGUGCACUAUACAAAUUUAGAUUGAAAAUCCAAGUGAGUCAAUGUUUCACCCUGCCUAGAAAACAUAGGGGCUUUUUGUUAUUUUUAAAAUAAAAAUCUGAAAUGCUAUUUUUCUGUCAGCCUAAAUGCAGUGGCAAUACUAGUCUAGCACACACCCAUUUUUUUUCCUUCAGCUGUUUAAAAAACUCUUGAACCAUCUCUUGAAGAAGAUGGUAAAACAGCAAAGUGUUACAUUUUAACAAAUUUAUUAAAAUCUGAAUUUGUUUUAAAACUCCUCAAACUUUCGUAACUUGCUUAGUUGUGAAUAGUUUAAUUCUGAAGUGAAAGAUGUGAAAACACAAACUAUAGCAACACCUCUUGGUACCCUUAUUGCAUUGUCAGAGGCUGUUGGAUUGUGACAGACUUAAAAUAACUCCUCCUUUCAAGCAGUUUCAGGUUAUUCUACCAUGCUGUUGCCUUCCCUUGACCUGCUGAAUACUGUUGAGGAAAAAAGGAGCAUGCCCCUAAAAUAACAGUUAAAUUCAAAUAUUCUUAAGCCAGGAGAGUACUGUUCAGUUGRAGGAGUGGACAUGGGCUCCCAAGGUUUUCACUUUUAUCAGGAACGAAACAGUCAUCUAAAAAAUAUUUUAGAAAAUUUAUUGAAAACUGACAUACAAAGGGUGAUUUGGUCCCAAGAGAAGGCAGACCAGAAUCAGAUCUUCUGUAUUUCAAAAUAAGGUUUUUCCUAAUACUGCAUUGCAUUUGCCAUCCUGUUUGUGAACAGCAUUGAUGAAAGUCUUAAUGAAGACAACAACAAAUAAAACUCACAAAUACAGAAGUCUCUAAAACACCCACAGCUUGAUCUCAUCCAAUCACCCUCUCCAAGUGAUUGAUGUAGCAAGGAUCUUGCUCAGACCUCCUGACACUUGGUUCACACUUUAGACCACUCUUCUAUCAAUUAAAGCAACUCAAGCCCUCUGUCUCCUAUCACAAGGGCAGAAAUGUAUUGUGAAAAAAUGAAUGCAAAUAACUUUCUGUCAACGCAAAAUUCUUAAGACAAUUUUUUUCUUCAUCUCAUGGUCUCUGUCAAUAGUCCACCACUAUAUUCUUGUUUUAGAUGACAGGUAAGAGGUCAGUGAUGCCCUACUGGCAUUGAAGUAAGACAAAAAAGACACAUCUGAAAGCCAACCUUUGGUACAAACUUAGCAGGAAAAAAGUAUGCUUAAAAGCCAUCUACAAUUUCUUAUUCURCAGMUCUGAUAGGCAAUUUGGUAGUUU